GUAUAUGACAUAUUAGUAGUAAACAAAGAUUUCGUCGGCGAUGGACCAAACUCCUUAACGCUUCGACGAGGUGAUCUAGUUGAAGUGCUCGAUAUGACAUCAAAUAGACAGUCUGGACCCGGAGACGAUGAAAAUGACAAGUGGAUGGUUCGGGUUUUCGAUAGUAUUGAAACAACAAAAGAAGGAUGGAUACCGGCAUCGAUUUUGGAAACUGUCGAUUCAGAACAGCAGACAGACAAAGCUAUCUAUGGUGAUCGUGUCGAUGACGCUGCCUACAGACGACAAGCCGUUGUGCGAGAGCUAAUCGAGACGGAAGAAGAAUUCGGACGAGAUCUAACGCGCAUCGUAGACAAGUACAUCAAAACUGUGGAAAACAGUAAACCACCAAAAAUUGUGUCAGACAAUAAAGAUCUUAUUUUUGGAAACUUUAAGCAGAUCACAGAGUUCCAUAACACAGUUCUUAUCGAAGGUGUGAAAUACCAUGCGGAUAAGCCCAGUAUGAUUGGAAAGACAUUCCUGCGACUGGAGCGUGAUUUUGAUAAGCAUGUCAUUUACUGCCGCGAUGAGCCAAACGCACAAGAGUUUUUGCAUGAACGCAAGGAUGUGCGAGAAUAUUUUCAGGAUCUUUCGCAAAAACUUGGUGACGAAAAAGGUUUAUCUGAACAUUUGCAAUUGCCGAUUCAACGUAUCAACGAUUAUCAGCUUUUGCUCAAGGAAUUGGUGAAAUAUUCGCAACGUCUGGGCGAGAAUGUCUCGGAUUUGCAAAAAGCUCUAGAAUUGAUGCUAAGUGUUCCACAUCGUGCUAUCGAUAACAAAUUUUUAGCAAGUAUCGAAGGUUUUCGAGGCAACAUACAUAAAUUAGGUCGUUUAUUGGGCCACGAAUGGUGGACUGUUACCGAUAAGGAUAAAAAGGCCAGAGAACGUUAUCUAUUUUUAUUUAAAUCAAGAAUCUUAGUGUGUAAGGUUCGACGCAUAUCUGAGGAUCGCUCUGUAUUCAUAUUAAAGGAUAUUAUCAAGUUGCCCGAGUGUGAGCUCGUUUAUCAAACGGAUGGUGUGAGCUUAGAAAUUAUUGAAAAACCAAGUCAUCCCAAUAUACGGUUUCCAUUGACACUAACUGCAAAUCAUCCCGAAUUGAAAGUGCGUUGGCUAUCUGAAAUCAACCAGUACGCAGCAGAUCCAUUGACAUUGCAUGAGCACAAUGUUGAUGACCUGCGCAUAGACCCAACGCAAAUAAAACCCGAUUCAGAAUACGAACACUUCCAUUUACCGAUCCGACGAAAGGCAUCGUACGAAUCGGAUGGUAUACGACCGUCCGAAGUAGCGAAAGAUUAUUUUUUGACCGAAGAAGAAAGGGCCUACUACGCAAAACAGCACGCCGAAGAUCAAAAAAUCUUACAACAACAACAAAAAGAGUUCGAUCAACAGAAAAAUUCAGGUAUAACGCAAUCACAAACGCAAACGCAGCGAAGUAACAUUGCACACAUACAAACACAAAGUCAAACGCAGCAGAGUAAUUUUGAAGUUAUAUCAUCAUCAUCAUUAUUAUCAGAGGAAAAGGGCAAGGCUCAAACUGAAACCGUCACACAGAUCAAGGCGGUUGAACAAAAACAUACGAAACUGAGUCGAAGUGCUGCAAUUGAACAAACAACCGUCGAAUGUAAGUCACAAGUAGAAUCUGUAAGCGCAAAAACUGCCAUCGCUAAGAAAACUCUUACUGAGCAAAAAGUGAACAUAGCCGUUGCUGAAGAUUCUAAGCGAAUAGAUUCCACCGAAGUAAAGAAGAAAGAACAAGAAGAACAACAACAGAAACGACAGCAGCAGCAGCAGCAGCAGCAGCAGCAGCAGCAAAAACAAGAAGAAAUCAAAAUAACAGAGAAGGUUGAAAAUUGCGUUCAAAGUAUACAGGAAGCAGAACCACCGCUCUACGAAUUUAUUGAAGUGCCGUCGUCACAACGAUCAGAGGAUGAAUGUUCGGAAAAUUUAGAUCGUCGCAGUGAACGGGGUCAAUCAGUCCAACAACAGGAAUUAGAAAACAUGGAAGAUUAUUAUUCAUCAAAAUAUUCAUCACGCUCAUCUCGGCGCCGAGUUGAAGUCAGUGACGGUGGAAAGUGUGACGUGGGCGGUUCAGCCGUUGAAACAAGUAGUUAUGGAACGACAAGACAUAGUCGCUACUCAUCAUCACGCACUGAAGAACGAAUCUCAUCGAAUGGCAAUUUGAAUGCGGUCACAUCAUCCACCAGUGGCACUAGCUACUUUGCUAUCACCGGAGAAGACGGUGUCGGCAAGCCGACCAUAAAGAAAACGUGCAAAGGCGUCACUAUCGAACCUGGUAGCAAUGCGUCAUUUGAAAUUCAAUUGGGAGAUAAGGCAGGAAACAUCACGUGGCUUAAGGACAAUAAGCCACUUGACGAUCGUUUAGCUGACCGUAUUACAACAUCUGAACUACCCGGAAAUUAUUAUUGUCUGGAGAUCAAACAUUGCUGUGAAGUGGAUAGUGGAUUGUAUACAGCAAAGGCAAGCAAUGGCGCAGAUUCAUCGACUUGCUCAGCACAAUUGAUUGUUCGUGAAAAAAGUGAAGAAGAGAAGAAGAGUCUUAUUGAGCAAAACAUACCAUACUUUGCCAUUCGUCUCACUGAUACCGAGGUCAUGAAGGAUACAUUUUUACGAUUCAUGGUAAAAGUACUUGGCGAACCCAGACCAAAAAUACAGUUUUUCAAAGGCGAAAAUUUGAUCGAGGUAAAUGAUUCGCAUAUUCAAAUCAAUAGCGAAAAGGAUUACUUAGGCUUCUAUGAGCUAAUUAUCCCUGAGGUGAAGUACUCAGACGCAGGCAAAUUCGCGUGUACAGCCACCAACAAAUAUGGAAGCGCUAACUGCGCAGCUACGGUUACCGUUGUUGAAGACAAAAAUGUUUUCGGUGAGAAUUUCGGAAAGAUUUUGCCAGCCGGUGAGCAGCCCAUUUUCAAAUGGAAACGAAAUGGUAUUGACUUUGAUCCCGAGGAACGGUUCAAAGUCCUAUUGGGCGACGAUGAGGACUCACUUGCUUUGCUCUUCCAACAUGUUAAACCGGAGGAUGCUGGUAUUUACACAUGUUGCGCACAAACAUCAACUGGUAAUAUUUCUUGCAGUGCCGAGCUAACCGUGCAAGGAGCUGUUCAACAGUUGAUACGUGAACCAGAAAAACCUCAGCUAAUCAUUGAGCACAAAGAGGCUUCGGCUUCCAUUGGUGCUACUGCAAUGAUCGAAUUGCAGUACAAAGGUUAUCCAAAACCGACCAUCGAAUGGAAACAUGAUGGUGAAGUGAUCGAAGCGGGUGGAAAAUACAAGUUUUUGCACGAAGAUGCCGAAACUAUGUCGCUUGUCAUUAAAAGCGUUCAAGCAGAAGAUGCCGGCUUCUACACGGUAUCGGCAGUCAAUGAGCUUGGCGAAGAUUUGGGAGUUAUAAAUUUGCAAGUGAAAAGUGGUCCCAUUUUACAAAAGCUAGAUGAUUUUACCUGCAAUGCUGGAGAUCGUCUCGUUAUGGAAAUAGAAGUAUCAGGAAAUCCAACGCCUACUAUUAAAAUUCUACACAAUGGCAAGGAGCUCACCGAAACCGAACGUAUCAUUGUCAAGCAUAGCGAUGAAAUAAACCAGCAAACUGUUUAUACGGUAGAAUUCAAGCGAACCGAGUUAUCGGAUGCUGGUGCAUAUACAAUUAUUGCCACCAAUGAAAUCAAUACCACUUCUGAAUACUUCAAUCUAACCGUGUUAUCACCACCAACAGUGGUUAGGAAACUCGAACGUGAAUACAUUCACGGUGAAAAAGAAGAAAUCAUUAUGUCAUUUAGAGCCAAUGCGUACCCUGAACCAGAAGUUAAGUGGCUUAAAGACGGCCAAGAAAUCAAUGAGAAAAAUGAUGCACGCAUUCGUUUUGAACGAGAUGGUAAUGCCUAUUUCAUGAUUAUCACGGGAGCUGUUCGCACCGAUGCAUCAUCAUACGGUGCGAAAUUGAAGAAUGCACACGGUGAAAUCACUGAAGAUACCAGAGUCCGAAUCAAGUGCUCACCCGAUUUCAAGACUAAAUUAAAAAGCAUCACCGUUACCGAGGGCGACACAAAUGUUGAACUAUGUGUUGCUGUGCAAGGCUAUCCAAAACCAGCUAUUAAAUGGUUCCUGGACGGAAUGGAAAUCAGUGAGAAGCGAACUGAAUUCAGGCAAACUGAUGAUGGUGAAACGUAUAAAUUCUUGAUGACCAAUGUAACUACCGAAAUGCAUGGCAAAUACAGUUGUGUGAUUAAGAACGAUUACGGCAAAAUUGAAGACGAAUGCACAGUCACCGUUAAUUGUCAACCAAAGAUCCGAAAAUGCUUGACGGAUAUUGAAAUUGCGGAAAAGGACACAUUGUUGCUCGAAGUCGAGGUUUAUGCUGUUCCCGAGCCAAAGAUUGUCUGGUUCAGAGAUGGACAAGAGUGUAAGGCCGAUGCGAGAAUCAAGAUCCAACGUGACUCUCAACGCUCAGAAACAUAUAAUCUGACAUUGAAUCUCAUCAAACGUGAGGAGGCCGGUCUGUACGAAGUUAAGGCUACGAAUCCAUUGGGUACAGCUGUUUCAAAAAGCAUUGUCACCGUUAACACUCGGGAAGUUUUUACAAAACCCCGUCCACAAGAAGUUACGGAAGACGAACAAGUCGAUGCCAACAUACUCGUCGAAAACGAAGUUGAAAAACCUAAGAAAGGAACAAGUGCUUUACCCGAAAUACUCGCCAGUGACCUUAAAGAUCAAAGUGUAUACGAAUCAACGCCCGUAUCAUUCGAAAUAAUUGCUCAAGGCAUACCAAAAUUAGAUGCUCAAUGGACACUUAAUGACAAACCAUUGAAAUCAGAUGAUCACUACACUAUCAUCGAGGAUGGACAAAAACUGAAAUACAAACUGUCUAUUGCUGAUGUGAAACUCGCCGAUGCGGGAACAUUCAAAAUAAAAGUUUCGAAUAAACUUGGUGAAUUAUCCAAACAAUGCACGCUAAGUGUAAUGCCUGUUGCUGAGUAUCGCAAACCGAUUUUGAUUAAACCACUGAAAGAUAUUCAGUCACCUAAGAACGCACCACUUGAGCUGGCUGCUGUUAUCACCGCUGACCCAUUGCCCGAAAUGACAUGGCUAAAGUAUGGCGAAAAAUUGGAAGAAAGCUUGGAUGUUCAGUUCAAACAAGAGGUGAAAGAGCUGCAACAUGGUCUAAAGGAAAUCAAAUACUAUUUGUACUUCCCGGCUGGCCGUCACUGUGACACUGGCAGCUACACACUUCAAGCCAAAAAUAAGUAUGGAGCGGUUGAGACUAGUGCACAUUUGGACAUUUUAUUGAAACCAGAAAUCGAAGGAUUCAAAGAUCAGAUUUCGGUGCCAUUCAAAACGGUCACAUUUGAAGUGAACAUCCAUGCAAACCCAAAACCAAAAGUUAUCUGGACCAAAGGCAAUGCAAACUGCUGCAACAUUGAUAAUUGCAACGUAAUUGCUGAUGUUGAAAAAGAAGUGUACACAUUGGUUGUAGAGAAUAUUGGGGUCGAAGAUGAUGGUGUAUACACAAUAUCUGCUUCGAAUAGCGUUGGUGACACUAUUGCAACAGCCAAACUAAUUUGUCACACCGAAAAGCCCCAUUUCAUCAAAAUGCCCCAAGAUGCAACUAUUCAUGACUAUGUUGACUUUGAUACGAAAGCCCGCGCCGAAGGUAUACCAAAACCAACACUUCACUGGCUUAAAGAUGGCAAACAGAUCAAGGUGGAUGACGCCAAUUUCAGCAUGGAAUUUGGAAGUGCAUCUGAUCUGCAGGUCACUUCCGAUUUUGCUAUUGCACACUUUGGCAAAAACUAUGAAGGAAACUAUGCAUGUGUUGCUACUAACAUCGCCGGGGAAACGACCGCCAAGUUCCGCUUGUCUCUAUUCCAAAAAGCACCCAACUUUGUUCGCAAAUUAGAUCGGGCAGCUGAAAUUGAUCAGGGAGAGCCAUUGGAAUUGAAAUGCGUGGUAGAAGGAAGUCCGUUGCCUGUUGCUACGUGGUUUAAAGAUGGCCAAGAAAUCGAGCCAAAUGAUCGAAUUAAAUUGACAAACACUCCAGACGGUGUUGUUAAACUGGAAAUCGAUCAAGCUAAACCAUCCGACUGUGGAGCAUAUAAAUUGGUAAUUUCCAAUCCAAAUGGCGAAAAUGCUGCACUUUGCGCUGUAGCCGUUAAACCGGAACCAAUGGCGCCAGUAUUCAUAAAGCCGCUAAAGGAUUUGAAAGUUGUGAUCGGACAACCGAUUUCAUUGGAAGCUCAAAUUUCAGCUUUCCCUUCGCCUGAAGUGAAAUGGUUCAAGGACGGCACACAGCUGAGGCCAUCUCAAGCGUUCAAUUUCGUUAAUCAGCCGAACGGCAUCAUCGGCUUGAACAUCGAUUCAGCGCGGCCAGAAGAUGCUGGUGUGUAUUCGGUUGAAGUGAGCAAUAAAUUGGGCGAUGCAAGCGGACAGGCUAAAGUUGAAAUUGAACCACGUGAAAAGCGUCCAGUUUUCAUCUCGGACUUGCACGACACCGAGGUUGUGGAAGGUUUCCCAGUUAAAUUUGAAAUUAAAGUCAUUGGCCAUCCCCAGCCCAAGCUCAAGUGGCUUCACAACGGUGAUGAAAUUAAACCAGAUGGCGAUCGCGUCAAGAUAAUUCAAAAUCCAAAUGGUACAGCUGCCUUGAUUAUUGACAGAGCCACCGCUGAAGAUGCUGGUGAAUAUCAGGUUAUUGCCACAAGCGAAGUUGGGGCAUGUUCAUCGAAAGCCAACCUAACGGUUCAUAGCAAAACAGACAAUCGAUAUGCGGAGGAGGCUCCACGAUUUGUUAGUGGUUUGCGCGAUGCAAAUGCAGAUGAAGGUCAAGCAUUAGAACUGUCCGCUCCCUUCAUUGCAAAUCCAGUGCCAGAUAUCAUCUGGAGCAAAGACGGCAAACCAAUCAUUCCAAACGAUCGAAUUAUGAUGACUUGUGACGGUAAACGUGUCGGAUUAAUAAUUAAUCCGGCUAAUGUUGCGGAUUCAGGCGUAUACACAUGUUUAUUGGCCAAUCCAAUUGGAGAGGAUAUGUCCAAAUGCAAUGCAAACGUUCGGAAAAUUUACAAAAAACCAUACUUCUCAUUGCGAUUGUUUGAUCAACCGGCCGUACUCAAUCUUGACGCCAAGCUACCAGUUCGUGUGCACGGUGUACCAUUCCCCGAGCUCACUUGGACUUUCAACAAUAAGCCAAUUAAAAACAAUAGCAAAUAUAACAUCAAACACGAUGGCGACAACAGUAUUUUGCACAUCCGAAGCUGUACAUUGGAGGAUAUUGGCACUUACAGAUGCGUGGCUAAGAAUAUUGAAGGCGAAGACAGCACACAGGCACACAUGGACGUCGUCGAUAAAAUCGAUAAAACUCCAAAGGGACAAGCGCCAACAUUUUUGAAGAAAAUUGGUGAUAUUGAAGUGUAUGAAGGCAUGAAAGCACGAUUCACAGCAUGCGCAUCCGGAUACCCCGAACCUGAAGUUGAAUGGUUCUUGAACGGCGACCGUAUUUAUCCAAAUGACCGAACUCAAGUUGAGGCCGAACCUAAUGGUUUGCUACGCUUGACAAUCCAUAACUGCACACAGGCUGAUGUUGGCAAAUAUACUUGCCGAAUUUAUAACACUCACGGUGAAGAUACUUGUAAUGCUGAAUUAGUUUAUGAUACCUUUGAACCGAGAAAUAAGACAGCACUCGGUGAUCUUUAUUCAGACUUCGAUAAGUAUAAGAAAACUGGAGCUCCAACCCCAUUGGCCGAUCGUCCGGUUAUCACAAAAAUGUCAGAUCGACGCCUCACACUCAGCUGGAAACCAUCAGUUUCAAUUUCACCACGUAUACCAGUAACGUAUCAAGUGGAGAUGUUGGAAUUACCCGAAGGAGAUUGGGUUACGGUGCGAACGGGUGUUCGCAGUUGCACAUGCGAAGUACGCAAUUUGGUGCCAUUCAAAGACUAUCGUUUCCGUAUUCGCGUCGAAAAUCAAUACGGUGUAAGCGAUCCAAGUCCAUACGUUCAAACUUACCGCCACAAGUUGGAACCACCCGCACCACACGUCUACACAUACUUGGACUCAAAUACUGAUUUUAGACCAGACCAAUCGCCAUACUUCCCGAAAGAUUUUGAUAUUGAAAGACCACCACACGAUGGCUAUGCACAAGCUCCGGUGUUCUUGCGCCGUGAACAUGAUAUCACAUACGGAACAAAGAAUCAUAAUGUCGAUUUGAUGUGGUUCGUUUAUGGUUAUCCAAAACCGAAAAUGACAUACUAUUUCAACGAUCAAAUCAUCGAACCAGGCGGUCGAUUCGACUUUAGCUACACUCGUAAUGGUCAAGCUACUCUGUUUGUCAACAAAAUGUUGGAAAGAGAUGUCGGUGAUUAUGAAGCGGUUGCAAGCAACGAACAUGGCGUGGCCCGGCAACGCGUUCGCUUGGAAAUUGCUGAAUAUCCUCGUUUCAUUCAGCGCCCAGACGAAACAUUCAUUAUGACCAGACGCAAUGGACGGCUCGAAGCUAGGGUAGUGGGCGUUCCGGAACCAGAAAUCAAAUGGUAUAAGGAUUGGCAUCAAAUUACGGAUUCCGCUCGCAUCAAGAUUGCCUCAUAUGAUCCAGAUAUUUUUGUAUUGACCAUCAACGAUGCAAUUGCCAAAGAUGCUGGUCUCUAUUCGUGCAGUGCACGAAAUGUUGCCGGCUGUGUUAGCGCAUCGGCAAUGGUACAUGUUGAGGACAAUGAAGACCAGUACAUUUACAAGACGCAUGUACGCAAUCCGUAUGUACGCUCGAAACCAAAGCACCAUGAAGACUUGUACGAUAUCGGAGACGAAUUGGGACGAGGAACACAAGGUAUCACUUAUCAUGCAGUCGAACGUGCAACUGGAAAUAACUAUGCCGCUAAGAUAAUGCAUGGCAAAGCUGAAGUGCGUCCAUUCAUGAACAAUGAACUCGAGAUUAUGAAUCAUUUGAACCAUCGCAAAUUGAUUCGUUUGCACGAUGCAUACGAUCAUGAUAAUACGCUCACUUUGGUUUUGGAACUAGCCGCCGGUGGUGAACUUGUGAAGGACAAUUUACUGAAGAAAGAUAGUUAUGGUGAACGCGACAUUGCCUUGUAUAUCCGACAAUUAUUGCACGGUUUGGAACACAUGCACGACUAUGGUAUCGGUCAUAUGGGACUCACUUUGAAAGACUUGCUCAUUGGUCAUGUGGGUAGUGAUGAUUUGAAGAUUUGUGACUUUGGUUUGUCUCGACGCAUCCAUACUACGAAUCUAGCAUCAUUGGACUACGGUAUGCCAGAGUAUGUGUCACCCGAAGUUGUCAACAGAGACGGUGUUGGCUUCGCUCAUGAUAUGUGGGGUGUGGGCAUCAUCACAUAUGUAUUGUUGUCUGGAUCCAGUCCAUUCCGUGGCAAUAACGAUCGUGAAACAUUGACCCGCGUCCAAGAGGGACGCUGGGAAUUCAAAGAUUCGAUCUGGCAACAUAUUUCACCAGAAGGGCGUGACUUCAUUUCGAAGCUUCUUGUCUACCUGCCAUCCGGUCGUAUGGACGUUAAAACGGCAUUGCGUCAUCCAUGGUUCCAUCUGUUAGACAGACGAUGCGAUGAUGAGUAUCAAAUCACCACUGAUCGCUUGCGCAACUAUCACAACAUGUACCGAGAUUGGUAUUCAAAUGCUUCAUGUCGCAACUACUACCGCCGUCGACCAAUUUCUGGUGCAUUUACUCAUCCAUCACGAAUGGUUUAUCCACCUGGAGAUUACUACACACCAGAGCCAACGCCAGAACCUGUGCGUGAGCCAAGAAAACGUAUUGCAUGGGAAGAUAAACUCAAUAAAUUCCAUCAUCCAGACUACGAACUUGGUUUAGUUAGCAGUGAAAGCCAUUAUCAAUACGGCCCCGACACCUAUUUGCUCCAAUUACGUGAUACUGACUUCCCGGUGAGAUUGCGUGAAUACAUGAAAGUUGCCCAUCGUCGCUCUCCAGCAUUCGCUCUCAAUGAGUAUGGAGUCGACUACACUCUGCCAAUUAUCCGAGAAAGAAGACGAUUUACUGAUAUUAUGGAUGAGGAAAUUGAUGAUGAACGCAAAGCAAGGAUUAAUCGCUAUGGUUCAAAUGACAGUUUUACCAUUCGCCGUUUGCGAACUGAAUUGGGCACAAGAUUGGAAUCUUAUAACGAAGCCGAUGCAAUGAUAGAAUCGCAGCGCGAAGGAUAUCCACCAUUCUUCCGCGAAAAGCCACAACAGUUAGCCAUUACGGAUAAUGAACCCGCCCAAUUGCAAUGCUUUGCCGUGGGCGAUCCAACACCAAAUGUGCAAUGGUUCAAGAACGAUAUGGUAUUGCAAGAGACCAAACGAAUCAAAAUUAUCAUCGAUGAAGACGGUCGCUCAAUCGUUCGUUUCCAACCAGCCUCACAUUACGAUGUCGGUAUUUAUAAGGCCGUUUCCCGAAACAAAGUUGGCCAGACUGUCGCACGUGCUCGUGUCGUACUCGCAGCACUCCCCGAUGCACCAGACUCACCAGAAGUGGCAAAAGUUAGUGACACCGAAGUGUUGCUACGUUGGAAACAGCCCCGCGAUGAUGGACAUUCAUCAGUUUUGUGCUACAGCCUUCAAUACAAGAAGGCAAGUAGUGACAGCUGGAUCGAUGUCGCCGACAAUAUAGACCAUGAGUUCUAUUUGCUUCGUGAAUUGGAAGAGAAAACCAAUUAUCAAUUCAGAUUGGCAUCAAGAAAUCGUAUCGGAUGGAGUGGAAUGGGCAUACCAAAACCAGGAACGACCGAUGCUAGCGGUACGCCAAAAAUUCAAAUCACAAAAGCAAUGAAACAUCUCCAACAGCUCACUGAUUCAGGUCACAAAGUAACUGACGAACAAGACAAACAUGAAGUUGACUAUAGUUUGGAACGCUAUGCAUUCGACUGGAAAGUGGAAUCACAUCUGCAAGAGAAGUACAGCUUCAUUUCGGAAAUUGCCCGCGGCAAAUUCUCCAUUGUUGUAAAAGGUGUUGAAAAUGCAACGGACAAAGUGGUGGUGGCUAAAGUGUUUGAUUUGAAUGCGGCUACCGAAGAAGUAGUUCAGCAUGAAUUUGAAACAUUUAGAACAUUGCGGCAUGAACGGAUCCCAGCUCUUUUGGCUGCUUUCAAAUUGCCAAACCUCCCGGUUGCUAUAUUAGUUCAAGAAAAACUGCAGGGUGCUGACAUCCUUACAUAUCUUAGCAGUCGCCACGAAUAUAACGAACAGCAUGUGUGCACAAUUAUCACACAAGUACUAGAUGCAUUACAAUAUUUGCAUUGGCGUGGCUAUUGUCAUUUGGAUAUCCAACCAGAUAAUAUUGUUAUGUCAUCAGUACGAUCCGUUCAAAUUAAAUUGGUUGACUUUGGUGCAGCCCAAAGAGUCUCAAAAGUUGGCACCGAAGUACGAGUACCAAACAACGUAUGGUUGGAUACAGCCGCUCCAGAAAUUGUCAACAAUGAACCAGCCUUCCCGCAAACCGACAUUUGGUCCAUCGGCGUACUCGCUUAUAUUUUACUAUCGGGUACGAGUCCAUUCCGAGGAUCCACGCACGACGAAACUAAACAAAAUAUAUCAUUUGUGAGAUACCGUUUCGAUAAUUUGUAUAAAGAAAUCACUCAAGAAGCAACCCGCUUCAUCAUGUUUGCCUUCAAACGUGCACCAAAUAAACGUCCAUAUGCUGAAGAGUGUCACGAACACCGGUGGUUGAUUUCGUCUGACUACAUGAUCAAAAAGAGGGAACGUGCCGUGUUCUUAGGAAAUCGUCUAAGGGAAUUCUCUGAAGACUAUCAUGCAAAGAAAUCCUUAGAUGCAACUGUAUCAGAAAAUGUAACCGGUUCGAUAAUCGGGGGCCGCACACUAAUGAGAUCGAAUAGUAUUCAAGAUGAAUUGCUAACGACAUUCUAGAUAAGAUAGAUUUUACGAAUAUUAACCAAACCAAACCAAAUCAAAGCCAAUACACACAUACACACCCGAAACAAAUGCGCUAUUAAAUGAAUCAAUUUGUUCAAAAUGUUUCACUUCUUUUCCUCUCUUUAUGUAUAUACAUAUGUAUAUAUAAGUAAUAAAUAGAUAUGUGAAUCCGA